AUGGACCCAGCCAAGUGGACCCCCAGUCUCAACCAGCGCGACGAACUAGAUAGAGCUAUGAAGACGGCCGGCGUGCUGCGCGAGUGGGCCGCCCUGAAAAGACAGGGCAUCAUCGACGACGCCGAGUUCCAGGCCAUGAAGGCGCGACUUUUAGGCCGGCCGCCCCCGGCGGUGGAGCAAGUCAGCGACGACGAGGAGAAGAUCGGCUGGAGCGUGAACAAUGAUGAUGAAGACGCGCAGCGCUGGGCCUCGCGCAACGUGGCCUUUGCUCCGAAGAGGCCGCUUUUGCAGCCGCUCGAGCAGCGCUUGCUGCGCACGACGCCGAUCAAGAGGAGGCCCGCGCACAGCACGGGCGUCCAAAGCCGGCCCGCGACGGCCUCUCAAAUACCGCCCCCGGCGUCGCCCGAGGAGUGGGACGCGCGCCGGCCGCACACGCGUGGCGAACUGCGAGAGCGCGAGUUCCUGUCGAUCGGCUACGCGUCGCCGCCGGCGCGGUCCAUGGACGAGGUGCCCUGGAAUUCGUCGACGAACACGUGGCGCCUCGGGUCCAGCUGCCCUUCCAAAGUUCGCCGGCCGUGGCAGGAGGCCGACGACGCGGAGGCGGCACCGCCGCCGCGACGGCCGCGCCGUAGGCCGCGGCGCCGCGUCGUGCGACUCGCGCCGCCGCCCGGGAUCCGCCCCGCCUCGGCACCAAAGCCGUGGGGCCACCACCGACUGGUUGGCGGCUUCUUUCCCCCCGCGCCGCUGGAAGGCCGGCACGGCGUUUCUCCCGGGGCCGUUGGUAAGUUUCGCGGCUGA